AAAAGCCUUUUUCCAAUUUGCAAAGAUUUUCGUGCUGCACCGAGUAAGAGGAUAGAGUUGCGAUUCUCUUCAAUUGUAUUAUUUAAUCUCUAGAGAGUGUAUAAUAAUAAUUUAUUUGUUAAUAAUAGUUUAAUUUAAUAUAUAUUGUAAAUAUGAAUGCUAUUGCUAGGAAAUUGAUGGUUAGCACGUUAAGUUCACCACCGAAACAACAACAACAACCUGUCAGGGUGGAUCCUAUCGAGUUUAAAAAACAAAAGGAUACUUUUGAACGUUUUCAAAAAAGGUGUCCUGUCAUCAAUGUAAAAAUUGAUGGAAAGAACUGGUCCUACAGACAAUGUUAUCAGGAUAGUAAUGUACCACCACUCAUCAUUUUGCAUGAUUUUUGUGGUUCUUCUCAUGAUUUUUACAAUCAAUUUUCAAUGAUUUUUGAUGAGGGAAAGGAUUUUCAUUUCAUCAGUGUGGAAAUUCCUUCUCAUUGUACUACUAUUGAUGAGUUUGUUCCGGAGUUUGACAAAUUUGUGAACUUGGUCAGCAAUUCUUCAUCAAAUCAUAUUUUUAGUAUUUCUCCUCAAUUGAGGUUCAGCGAGCCUAUUUCAAUUAGUAAUUCCAAGAGCAAGUCACAAUGUGUUCAUCUGUGUGGUUGUGGUCUUGGAGCCUUUUUAGCUCUGAAUUAUGCUUCAGAAUAUGUGGAAAAGGUUUCUAGUUUGAUACUUGUAAAUGGUUUUGUAAAUUCUACAAUAUUUAGUGAAUAUUCUCCACUGAACGAUUUUUACGUUCUUGCUCCCAAGUUUUUAUUGAGUACAAAGGUGUUUGAUAUGUUUACACACUUUAAGGAUAGAGAAUUUAUGAAUAAUGACGAAAUUUUGUACUCUAUUGAGUACAUGCUCGAUAACGUUGACAAGAUUUCUCAAAAACAAUUGGCAUCGAGAUUAUCUCUAUUAAGUGAUGAGAGAAUUGUCAAUACGAAAGACAUUUUGGAAAAAUUAGUGAUCAAAUCAACACAACAAAAUUCAUGUAUUACUAUUAUUGAAAGUAUGGACGAUGAAAAUUCUAUUUAUCCAUCAUCUCUAAGAACGGAGCUACAACAGAAAUUUCCAUCAUCAUACAGUAAUAUCAGAUCAUGCUUACUCAAAAAGGGUGGCACAUUCCCUUACAUUUCAAAUGUUGACGAAUUUAACAUUUAUCUAACUGUACAUAUGAGAGGUAUUUAUCAAAAUAUCUCAUUAUUUGAUAAUUUGGAAACACUUCAAGUCUCCAGUCCUACAACUAGUGGUGACUUGUUGAAUGCAUUUUCACCAGAGUUAUUAGAUUCUUCCAAAUCCAAUCCAAUGCCAGUUCUUUACAGACACAUUUCUUUCACACCUCAUACACCUCCAGAUAUUGCUGAGGAGGACAUUACAACACACGAUUGCUCCUUACCAACUGAUAUGGAGGCAGAUAUUUUCUGUGAUGAUAAUGAAUGUGAAGGAGAGAGCAUGUUACAUGUCUCACACAAUGGAGUAUCAAGAAGAAGAUCAGAAUCUAUGGCGAGUAACUUUGAAGAGGAUGAAGAAGAGCAUGAUUUAGCCAGACCAAAAGAUAUGUUAUUCUAAUAAGUUUUCAUAGUAGUUUUCACCCACAGAUAAAUAGAAGUUUGAAGGCAUUA